AUGCCUUUGCGCUCUCGCCAAGGUCCUUCCGAGGUAGUGGAAGACUCGGGACUUCGCAGUUUAUCUUUUAACCAACCACUAUCAUGGCGCGUGGGGCGCUCGGCCAUCCCAAUCGCCGAUCUCCUCGACCGUCUGCGAACUCUCGCGCAGGAGCUUCGCAAGCUCGACCAGGAGGAAAUUGACAAGGAAUCGCUACGCAAAGUAUCCCAGGAACUUGCCAGUGCUAAUCUGCUUGCCCACAAAGAUAAGGGUGUCAGAGCGUGGGCCACGUGCUGUAUCGUUGACGUUUUGCGACUAUGCGCUCCCGACGCGCCUUUCACGCGUAAUCAGCUGAAGGAUAUUUUCACCUGCAUUGUGUCCUCUGUCAUCCCCGCGCUGGCGGAUCCGUCCAACGCCUACAAUGCCCAACAUAUCUACGUUCUCGGCUCCCUUGCUGAGGUCAAGAGUGUGGUGUUGAUGGUUGAUCUCGACCACCCAGAUUCACUUAUCGUCCCGUUGUUCACCGGCUGUUUCGACAUUGUGUCGGGUUCGUCAAAGGCGUCCACCGGCGAGGAGGUUGCCAAGAAUGUCGAGUUCGAUAUGACCCGAGUGCUGGUGACCGUUAUUGACGAGUCGCUUGUUCUCGCCCCGGAAGUUGUGGAUAUCAUUGUCGCCCAAUUCCUGCGUGUGGACCCGCGGGUCAUGGACAAGAAAGGAAAGCGACCAGAUGCGCCUGUCGAUGCCAAGCAAGAUACACUUCUGCUGAAGGACUACCCCGCUGCUUAUAACAUGGCCAAGGCUAUCUGCCAGGCUUGUCCCGAGCGAAUGACUAGUCACAUCAGUCAGUACUUUAACAACGUGAUUAUUGAUGCGUCUGUUCCCGCUGGUCAGGCCAAUGGCUCCAAGCAUGGCGCGCGCAAGCCUAAUCUCGAUGAUUCAGACGAGGAAGGGGAAGAUAUCAAAGAAUUGAGCAAGGCGCAUCGUCUCAUUCGAGAGUUGUGGCGUGCCUGUCCUGAAGUGCUGCAGAACGUGAUUCCCCAAAUUGAAGCUGAACUGUCUGCGGAAUCUGUGGCCUUGCGCUUGUUGGCUACACAGACUAUCGGAGAUCUCUCUGCUGGCAUCGGUGUUGCAGGUCCUCCUCCCCCACCUCCUAUGGACCCGACGACCUACCCACCAGUAUCUCUUGUGGAUUACGAUAAAACUAUUCCUCAACCCAAUAUUCUCGUGACCCCUAUCUCUCCCAAACCUUUCUCUCAGGUCCACAACUCUGCUUAUGAAGCCUUCUUGAGUCGUCGUCUUGACAAGACGCCAUCAGUUCGCGCCGCCUGGGUUACAGUCGUGGGACGAAUCCUCCUUACGUCAGCUGGAGGCUCUGGUCUCCACGAGAGUGAAGAGCACAGUCUCGUUCGAAACCUCGCAUCAGUGCUUCGCGAUGGUGAUGAGAAGGUCCGCGUGGCUGCGGUUGACGCCGUUGGUCAAUUUGGUCUUUCCCAGAUUGUGCACAGAUUGAGCGUGGACGGUGGCUGCUCAUCGCCAGACUCUGUCUUGGCGAUUCUCGCUGAGCGAGUGAAGGAUCGCAAGCCCCAUGUCCGCGAGCAUGCCAUGAAGAUCCUGGCGCGCAUGUGGGCAGUUGCAGCCGGUGAUAUUGAGCAAAACACAGAGCCUGUCGUAUCUCUUCUGAAGGAUGCCCCCUCCAAGAUCUUCGACGCGUUCUAUACCAAUGACCAAGAAAUCCACGUUCUGAUUGACCGAGUAUUGUUCGAGACACUUUUGCCCCUAUCAUACCCACCUGUGAAAUCAAAGCUUUCUCGGGGAAACUCAAGUCAAUCACAAAAACAGAAGGAGAAAGACAGCCAGGCGACAGGACCUGAUGAAGAGACAGAUGUUGACAAGAUCCGUGUUCGUCGUAUCCUUACCUUGCUACGAGGUUUGGAUGAAAAGGCCCGGCGAGUUUUCUUCGUCAUGUUGGCCCGUCAGAUGUCCAUGAGGUCGGCCGUGACUCUAUACCUCGAGGCCUGUGAGAAGUACAACGGUGGAGUUGUCGACAAGGACGAAGACGCAGUCAAGGCACAACUGUCCAAGAUCGUUGAGACAUUAUCCAAGACAUUCCCAGAUGCCUCCCGAGCAUCUGCAGACUUGUGGAAGUUCGCCAAGGUGCACGAUAGACGCAGUUACCAACUCCUUCGCUUCACCAUGGCUGCUGUGAGUGACUAUCGCACUGUUGUCAAGGCUACAAAGGAGUUACAGCGGCGAUUACAAUCCGCCAACAACUCUCCCCUUCUUGAAACCCUCACGCCACUCAUCUACCGCUGUGGCUCUCUGAUCUUUAACAGAAGUCAUAUUCCUGCGAUCAUGAGCCUUUCCCGGACAGAUGAAAAUGGAUUGGCCAAUGCCGCACAAGAGAUGCUGAAGCAAAUCUCGUCGCAGAACCCUGAGGUCCUAGAAGCACAGGUCCAAGAAAUGUGCAAGGAUCUUGAGGCUCAAGCUCCCAAGGCCUCAUCCGCUGGCGAUGCUAGUGCCGAGGACAUUCUUAAGGCUUGUGCUGGCUUUGCCAAGAAGCUCCCUGCUAAACUGCCCAAGGAACGGAAGUUCUUGCAGGCUCUCACGAGCCAUGCCCUAUACAGUUCGUCACCACAUGCUGCCAAGCAUGCCGUGUCCAUUCUCAUGGCCACUGCUGAGCGCAAGGAGAUGUAUGCCAAGGACUUGGUCCAGAAGUGUGUCAAAAAGUGGGCCUAUGGGUCUGAUCAUUUCCUUACACGCCUCGCUACCUUGUCACAGUUGAAUCUCCUCGCGCCUAGAGAGACGGACGAGGAAAGUGACGCUAUAAUCUCAAUUGCCGUCAACCAAAUACUCCUCACUAAUCGCACACCUGAACCGAACUCCGAAUAUACCUGGACUGAUACUGUUGAUGAGGAGACAAAUGCUAAGGAGUGGGCGCUGAAGAUCAUUGUCAACCGCCUCCGGGCCAAGGACGGAGCAGACAACGAAGCGGAUUUCCGCGCCCAUGCCAAGCCCGUCUAUGAAACUUUGAACAAGCUGGUCGUGGGCGAAGGCGAGAUAUCCAAGAAAAAAGAUACCCCUGCUGGUCAGAAAUCACGUCUCCGCCUGCUAGCUGCCAAGUCGCUACUCAAGUUGUGUGCUGGAAACACCGUCUGCGACAGUCUCUUGACACCAGCCGACUUCAAUGCAAUCGCUCUGGUUGCCCAAGACCCGCUCUUGCAGGUGCGAAGUGGAUUCAUCAGCCAUCUUAAAAAGAAGCUCGUGCAAAAGUCGCACCUCAGUCACCGCUGGUAUAUUGUCCCAUGCUUGCUUGCCUUUGAGCCUGUUCACAGCUUGAAGGAAAGCACGCUGACUUGGUUGCGGUCUCGUGCGGCAUACUUCGCUCAGCAGGCGCAAGCCAGCGGAAAGCGCACAGAACAAACCAUGGUCAUGGAAUUAAUAUUCUCGCGUCUAUUGUCCCUUCUUGCAUACCACCCCGAUUACCCGUCUGAGGACCUGGACGAGUCUACGAAACUAGGCGACCUCACGGACUUCUCCCAAUACAUCCUCUUCUACCUAUCCGCAGUUGCCAACGAGGAAAACAUGUCCCUGAUCUUCCACGUCGGGCAACGCGUCAAGCAAUUCCGCGAUGGCAUCACCCAGUCUGAUGAGAUUUCCACCCGUCUUCACACGCUGUCUGAUCUGGCCCAAGCUACUGUCCGCCGCUUCGCAGACAUCUACUCCCAGCAACACAAGUUCGGCGGUGCUGCUGGCGCCACCAACAUUCUGCAAACAUAUCCUGGGAAAAUGGGAGUUCCCAGCUCUCUAUUCAACUCCAUGGGUAGCCACCGCGAAGCCCAAGACGUGGCCGACAAGAACUUCCUCCCAGACGAGCUAGAUGAUCUCUUGGACCGGGUUGUCCGAGCCGCAAUGAAGCCGAAGCACAACGUAGCGCACAGCACGCACGGUAGCUCAGCGAAGAAGCGAAAGCCGUCUCUUGAUACCAAUGGCAAGCCUUCCGCCGCGAAGAAGGCUCGCAAGGAAAAGCCUGCUCGAACUCCGCGCAAGUCGACCUCUUCAGUCGGGGCCAAGCCCAAGCGGAAAUCCAAGAAUGACGACGGAUGGUCCUCUGAUGAGGGCGUUAAAGAUGCCACCCCAGCUUCCGCUCGCAGACGCAGCAUGAGAGGUACUGCGACGCACGAGGUCAGCUAUAUUGACAACGAUAGCGACGAGGCCGACGAGGAGAUGGUGGAGUGGAACAAACCCAAGUCAAAGGAUGAUGCGGAGGAAGACGAGGACGAGGACGAGGAUGUCGAGGAGGAGGAGGAGGAGGAGGAGGAGGAGGGGGAGGCAGAAGAAAGUGAAAACGAAGAAAUGCAGGACGACGACAAGGAGAAUGUCGAUGAGCCAGAGGCCAGUGAGAAGGAAGCGACACCACCUCCCAAACCACGCGGGAAGGCCAAGGACACAAAGAAGCCUGAUACGAAGCAAACCACUCUACCUUCCCGACGUUCCUCGCGUCGCGGUUGA